UGUACACUAGCGUUUGCAAGUUCUCGUCUCUGAUAGUAUAUCGGUCGGUACACCCGCCUGUCAGAAUUGUACGUGAAAAAGGUAUGUUUACGGAUGCAACUUGUUUCUACAUACUUAAAAUAAAUGAAUACUAGGUUUAUGAUUGAUGGUUUAGUGGCAGUCUGAGGAACGACGUACCUCGCUAGUGCGACGAUCAUUCGCGUAGGUUGUCGAACAGAUGGAUGUGGUCCCGAUACGCAUCAGCUUUUGCCGUCGCUCUGGUACUACUUAUUGGCACUCGGUGUCGACACUACUGUCAUUUACUAGUAAGCGACUUUACAGUUUCUCAAUUUGCAAUUUCGCUCUUGUGCGUCUUGGGUCCACUUUGUUGUUACACCAGUAGAGUCUAAACAUAUCUGUGACCUGA